AUGGUAAAAGAAAUUUUAUUUGUUAUCGUGCUUCUCAGCAUUACUUUACAAGGUGUCGCUGCUCAAGCAAAACCCAAAACAUGGACUGAUGAACUCGGGGAAUCUUUUUCUUCUGUGUUUGAUAACUUCAACUACGAGUAUUUUAUCAACAAGAGAAACCUCACUUCUGAUAACUAUGAUGAGAAGAGAGCAGCUCUGAUUAAGGAAGCGAAUGAGGACUACUUCACUUUUGAUGUACCUGAGCUGACUGAGAAGGAACAGAGAGCCAAUGAUAUCAUCCAAGAUCUGAGAGAACAGGUUGUGCAAGGCGACCAUUCUCCUCUGCUUCUUCCUUAUUAUGAAGGAAAGAAGCAGAUAUCUGAGAGUAAUUUGCACCAAGCAAUUCGUAAAAUGCCCAAGGGAGCACAUCUUCGUCUGCAUCAAAUAGCUGCAUAUCCGCUUGAUUUUAUCAUAAAUGUUACUUAUAAGGAUGAUGCUUACUAUAACAUCAAAGAAAACAGACUUUCAACCUUUUCAAAUAAGGCAGCAGCGAAACCUGGAUUCCACAAAUGCAACUUCCUGAGGAAGAACUGGAAAUUUGGAGGCACCUUUGAUAGCUUCCUCAGAAGCAAGAUUUUGAUAACUGAAGACGAAUUGAAAUCCCAAGAACACAGUGAAAUCUGGAAAAGCUUCCGGGCUAAAUUUUACACCCUUGAGCAUCUCUUUCGAGAACCUGAGAAUAUCAGAGCGGGACUUUUAGAGAUCUGCAAGAGAGCUCUAAAAGAUGGAGUGUAUAUCGUAGAAUUUAGGAGAAGUCUGAGAGGCAAUAUCACACAAAAAUUAGAGAAUUACCAAUACGUUCAAAGAGAGAUGAAGAAGAUAGAUCCCGCCUUUGAGAUCGCUCUUAUUGUUUCUUCCACUAGGGAUAGCAAAGCUAAGGCUAAGCACCAGCUUGAUGUGUAUAACCAGGUUAGAAAGACUUAUCCUUUUGUCAUAGGGUUUGAUUUUAUUGGUACAAAAGAUGCUCUUCCUUCAAUUUACUCCUUCAAAGAUCUUAUCUUAGAUGCGAUGAACCAAGAUGAUGAUGAUGAACAAACUGAAAAUGACUUCAAUCUCUUCUUCCAUGCUGGAGAAACUACAGAUAGAUAUAACGAAGAACUCUAUGAUGCCAUCUUGCUUGGUGUCAAAAGAAUCGGUCAUGGAUUCGGCACUUUGCUACAUCCAAGACUCAUUGAUAAAGUCAUUGAAGAAGAUAUCGGUAUUGAAAUUUGUCCUAUCAGCAAUCUUGUACUUGGGUACAUACUUGAUAUGAGAUGGCACCCAAUCAGAACCUUGAUGAAUAAAGGUGUUUCUGUAACAAUCAGUUCAGAUGAUCCUACACUCUUCGGCUAUGAUAACUUGUCAUUAGAUUUCACUUACGGAAUCAUUGCUUGGCAGCUAGACUUAAAAGAUCUGAAGCAACUGGCACUAAACUCGAUCAAGCAAAGCUCAAUUCACGAAGAUUUGAAGACUAAGGUGUAUGCUAAGUUCUACAAGGAAUGGGAAAAUUUCAUAGAUUCUCUUAAUGUAAGUUGUUAAAACCAACCAUUU